AUGGCUAACGUAUUAAAAGACAAUCUUAUCUCUGGAACAACACCUUUACCCUUAUUACCAACAGGUGAACAACAAAUUGUUGUUGCUUGCCGUAUUCGACCAAUGACAGAAGAAGAAAUUCUUCAAGGUGCUACUAUCAUUGCUCAUAAAGUAGCUGAAGAUAAUAUGGUCGUUUUACUUGAUCCUGAAGAAGAUCAUGAUGAUAUUCUUCGUGCUAAUCGAUCACGUGAACGUAAAUAUAUGUUCGAUGUUGUAUCGGAUGCUCGUGCUCAACAACAAGAUGUAUACGCAUCAUCAGCUAAAAUUCUAUUAAGUAGUGUUUUAGAAGGUUAUAAUGCAACUGUAUUCGCUUAUGGAGCAACAGGAGCUGGAAAAACUUAUACAAUGUUAGGUACAGAAAAUAAUCCUGGUGUUAUGUAUCGUACAUUAGAUGAUUUAUUUGUUGAAAUAAAAAAUUUUCAAGGUCAACGAGAAUAUCAAGUAUCAAUGUCCUAUUUAGAAAUUUAUAAUGAAUUAAUACGUGAUUUACUUGCACCAUCAUCAACAUUUCUUGAAUUACGUGAAGAUGCGAAAGGUACAAUACAAGUUGCUGGUCUUAGUGAAAUUAUUGCUAAAACACCUCGAGAAGUCAUGGAAAUGUUACAUAAAGGAAAUCGUGCACGAACACAAGAACCAACAAAAGCGAAUAAAACAUCAUCAAGAUCACAUGCUGUUUUACAAGUUAAUAUUAAACAACGUGAUGUUACUCGAUCACAUACUGAACAAGUUCGAUUUGCAAAAUUAUAUAUGAUUGAUUUAGCUGGAUCAGAACGAGCCGCACAUACUCAAAAUACUGGUAGACGAAUGAUGGAAGGUGCUCAUAUCAAUCGAUCAUUGCUUGCUUUGGGUAAUUGUAUCAAUGCAUUAAGUGAAAAAGGAAAUACAAAAUAUGUUAAUUAUCGUGAUAGUAAAUUAACACGUAUAUUAAAAGAUUCUCUUGGUGGAAAUUCUCGUACAGUUAUGAUUGCACAUGUUUCACCUGCAUCAAUACAUUUUGAAGAAUCACGAAAUACACUUAAUUAUGCUGAUCGAGCUAAAUAUAUAAAAACAAAAAUCCGUCGAAAUGUUAUUGAUGUAUCCUAUCAUAUAGCACAAUAUCAACAGAUUAUAAAAGAUCUACGUAAUCAAGCUCAAUUAUUACGCGAACAAAGAGAUGAUCUUGAAAUGCGUUUAACAACAACAAAUGAAGCUCGAUUUAGUCGACUAAGUGAUUCGAAUACAAAUGAACGUCUUCGUGUUGAAGAAGGUCUUAAAUUAAAAGAAAAUAUUGUACAAGUUUAUCGUAAACAAAUUGAUGCUCGACGUGCAUUAUUAGAAAUUGAAAGUGGUCUUAUGGAUAUUAAACAUGAAUGUACACGUAAUGAAUCCAUUAUUGAAAAUUAUGAUUCAAAUAAAGAAAAUAGUCCACGAAAUGGUAAAAAAUCUUCCGAUGAAACAUCAACAGAUACCAUAAUAUCAGACAAUAGUGUUCAACGAGCACGCGCUGAAUUACGUGUACUCGAGCAAGAACGUUCAAAAUUAGACAAACAACGUAAAACUCAUGUAAAAGAAUUUGAAACUGCUAAAAGUGAAGGACGUCGUUUAUUUGAAAAAGUAACUAAAAAAAUGACUAGUCUUGAACAACGUGAAUUAUUAAGAUUAUUAGCACAAAAUUAUGAAUAUGAAAUGAAAACAAUUGAAUUACAAGCUGAAAUAUUUUCACGUGAACAUAUGGUUAAAAAUCGAGAUUUACAAUUAUUACGUAUGUCACAACAUCGAAGUUUAUGUGAUACAUUAAUUUAUCAACAACGACGACUUAUUCAAGAACAUCAAAUUAUAAUUCCAACUGAUCUUGAAGAACUUUAUCAAUUAUAUUCAAGAGAUAUUGAUGAAGGUCAACUUAUGCAUGAUCUUAAAACUUAUUCAUUACGUUCAAUAGCCGGUGGAAAUAAUAAAUUAUCCUUGCCAUUUCUAUCUCAAAUUGCUGAAGAAGAUUUAACAAGUGCAUCAACAUCAGUCACUAGUUUUCAUAUACCAACGAAUGGUUCACGACGUAAUCUUAAUCAACCAGUAACAACAACAUUAGUAGUUCCACAUCGUACUCUAUCUGAUCAAGAUCUUUUUACUCGUGUUAAUAAUGAAUCGAAUUCAAAUGAUUUAGGACAAGAUUUAUUAGUAACAAAAACUAAACCAAUAUCUUAUUCUCAUUUUAAUUUUGAACAAUCAUCAAAAGAACAAUUAACAAAAGGUAAUUCUCUUGUUAGUAUGAGUUCGGAAAGUGUUGAUACACCAAUAAAUAAAACUGAUACAACAAUACGUAAUAAAACUCAUACAAUAUCACCUUCAAAUGAUAAUUUACAUAUACCAAUUAAUAAUAAAGUUAAACUUCGAAAACAAACUCAAGCUAUUGCUGCAAAAGCAGCACAACGAAGAGCUAAUCUUCAUCAUAAAGAAUUAAUGGAAGAUAUGGGUCCAGUAGUUUCUCGUGAACCGAUCGUAUCGAAAGAAAAUGUUGCUAGUAUAUAUGGUCUUGAAAUUACCGGUGUUAAACCGAAAAAAACUGUAACUAUCAAUGAUCCAGCAGUAUCUCGAGGUCGAGCAAAUGAUUUCCGUCGUACAAAUUCAGAUUCUCCUGAUAUUUUACCGCUUGAUCCAUCUAAUUCAACAACAAAUAAUCGUCCAACAAAGACUCAAACCAAGAAACGAUCAAUUUCUCAUGGUUCAACAUUAACUAAUCGUUCGCAAAUACCAAUUGCAAAUGUAGUUGUACCGCGAGAACAUUUUUAA